GAUUCGUUUUUCCUGCAAGGCGAUUGGAGAAUGCGAAAGAAAUACCUCGUACACUCCGAGAUUACGGCAGGACUGGCUCAGAUUAUCGUCCACAAAUAGGGUUCACCAGAGACGUACCAGGUCGAGCAAGCCUUGAUAAUUCUGCCCAUCGCUUCAUUCAGCACAACGCCAGAUCUGACAAUCGCAGCUAUGAAGGCGAUCGUAACAAUGGCGGCGGUCCAGGAAGAGGAUACGAUGGCGGAAGAGGAGGCUAUCAAGGUGGUGGCUUCAAUCGCGGUGGUUACGGUGCAGGCCAGAAUGGAGCGUACGCCAGUGGAGGAUAUCGUCAAAAUUCGUACGGGGGCCAAGAUCGCGGUCCUUCCAGUGGUGGUUACGGCGGAGGUUACGGUGGCGCACAAGCAAGGGGUUAUUCUAAUUCGGGGUAUGGUAACCAAGCGCCUCGAGGAGGAUACAGGGGAGAUCUCCCUAGAGGACGAGGUGGCGGAUACUCCGGCCCGGGUGGGCAGCGUCCACCAUGGCGUUAA